CGCUGGUGUCCGCGGGAAGCUUGUGAUCCUGCACGAUGGAUGCUACACAACCGUCAUCUUGGCCUGACCUCCAGCCAGAACUUCUGGGCCUUGUCCCCGGGCGGCUCCCUUCCCUUGCUGACCGUGUUCGACAGCGAGCAGUCUGCCAGGUUGAGGUCUCGUUCUCUAGUUUGGGGCAACAUAGCCGCACCAGUUGGUUCAAGGUCUUUGAGGCAGACAUGACCGCCAAUUCUUGUCAUAAAUGGAGAAGAGUUAGCUCUUUGGCAGGCCAAGCGCUCUUUGUCGGCACAUACUCCAAGUCUCUCCCUGCUACUGAAUGUGGUUUACCUCAGGAAGAUUGCAUCUACUUCACAUGUGACUGGGCCAGAGCAUAUCCUGCUCCUGAUCCUCUUCGCGACUCUGGUGUGUUCAACAUGAGAAAUGGGACGAUCACGCCGUUGUUGCCAGAGACCACAGUGGUGCGGCCUGUUUGCCAGGGGUGCCCGACAUGGUUUUUCCCUUCUGAUGCUAUGUAACCCACAUACCAGCAUCGCAUUCUUCAUUUGUUGCCGGGUUCUCAUAUAUGCAGUUCUAUAUUGGAGACUGGAUUCUCAAGAAGACAAGUAUUGCCUAGUGUCUGCUCAGGAUAGAUUUGAAUAAGCAAGUCUUGGUUCUUGUGAAUUCAGCUUUCAUGUGUUUAUGCCAAUACUUUUUAUUUGA